GGAAGGCGACUGGCGCCAUCUUGGCUGUUUUAAUGAGUACAACAGGGGAGAAUUCGCUGGGAGAAAUCACAUAAUCACCGGGAUUUCACUGUAAAGGGGGAGCCGUCGGAGAGCAUCCCACAGUGUACGUGUGUGAGCCAGGGCAACCGUGGCGAUGUUCUACGCCCACUUUGUCCUCAGCAAACGUGGGCCGCUGGCCAAGAUCUGGCUAGCGGCCCACUGGGACAAGAAGCUGACCAAGGCCCACGUCUUUGAAUGCAACCUGGAGAGCAGCGUGGAGAGCAUCAUCUCACCGAAGGUGAAGAUGGCGCUCCGUACAUCAGGCCACCUGCUCCUCGGGGUGGUGAGGAUCUACCACAGGAAGGCCAAGUACCUGCUGGCUGACUGCAAUGAAGCCUUCAUCAAGAUCAAGAUGGCGUUCCGGCCGGGUGUGGUGGAUCUCCCCGAGGAAAACAGAGAGGCGGCCUACAAUGCCAUCACCCUGCCCGAGGAGUUCCACGACUUUGACCAGCCGCUUCCAGACUUGGAUGACAUUGACGUGGCCCAGCAGUUUACCCUCAACCAGAGCCGAGUAGAGGAGAUCACGAUGAGGGAAGACGUUGGAAACCUCAGCCUCCUGCAGGACAAUGACUUCGCCGACUUCGGGAUGGACGACCGAGAAAUGAUGCGUGACGCCAGCACGUUCGAGGAGGACAUCAUGCACGGAGCCUCGGCCUCGAACCUGCUGCUGGAGGCCGAGCCCGGCCCGGCCGCGCUGCCCAACAAGUCCAACCACAUGGAGUACGAUGACUUCGGAGACGCCUCCUUGGGCAACACUGACGGGGGGAUGCUGGUCGAUAAGCUGCUGAGCUCUGAGGACGGAGGCGGUAUCUUUGACGACCCUCCGGCCAUCACAGAAAGUGUCCUGAUGCCUCCGGACCACGGGGACGACGAGGACGACUUCGACAACCUGCAGUCGCCCGGUUCCCACAGCCCCGACUCCGGCCCGGUGGAGCCGCUGCCGGCGCUGGCCGACCAGACGGAGCAGACCACCCUGGUGCACAACGAGGAGGAGGCCUUCGCCCUGGAGCCCAUCGACAUCACUGUGAAAGAGACCAAGGCGAAGCGCAAGAGGAAGCUGAUCGUGGACAGCGUGAAGGAGCUGGACAGUAAGACCAUCCGGGCUCAGCUGUCCGACUACUCCGACAUCGUCACCACCCUCGACCUCGCCCCCCCCACCAAGAAGCUCAUGAUGUGGAAGGAGACGGGCGGCGUGGAGAAGCUCUUCUCUCUGCCGGCUCAGCCCCUGUGGAACGCCCGGCUGCUCAAGAUGUUCACACGCUGCUUGACGCCUCUGGUGCCGGACGAGAUGAGGAAGAGGAGGAAGGGUGGCGAAGCCGACAGUCUGGAUGAGUUCCUCAAAGAGCUGGAGAACCCGGAGGUGCCCAGAGAGGAGGUCCUGAGUCAGCACCGAGACGUCAUCGACCAGACCAUCAUGGAGGAGCCCAGCAUGCUGGCAGCCUCUGCCAUGGAGGGCAGCAGGACGACCCUGGAUGAGACGGCCAUGCCCCCCCCCUCCACCCCUCGCGGCGUGAAACGCAAGACCGUCGACAAAGAGGCCGCACUUCCUAUGGCCCCCUUGGAGCCGCAGCAUGCGGCGGAGCGCUCGGUGCUGGCCCAGAGGCUAGACGUGCCCCAGGUGGACCUGCCCCCAGAGGAGAGCAGCCUCAACCUGUCCCAGCUCAUCCCCGAGCUGGACCUGCUCAACGAGAAGAGCAAAGACAAGAAGGACGACAGCGACGAAGAGGAUGAGGACGGUCAGACCGGAGACCAGGAUCAGGAGGAGAAGAGGUGGAACAAGAGAACCCAGCAGAUGCUCCACGGCCUCCAGCGCGUCAUGGCCAAGACCGGCGCCGACUCGGUGAGCAUGCUGGAGUUGUGCCGGAACAACAACAAGAAGCAGGCCGCCGCCAAGUUCUACAGUUUCCUCGUCCUCAAGAAGCAGCAAGCCAUCGAGGUGUCCCAGACGGAGCCCUACAGCGACAUCGUGGCCACCGCCGGGCCCAGGUUCCAACUCAUCUAGACGUCGGAGAACGCACAGACACUCUGCUCGCAACAGACAUGCUUCUUUUUAAUUACUCAACAUUUUGCUUCUUUUUGUUGUUGUGUUUUCCUGUCCCAAAUCUUCUCCGGGGGGGGGGGGGGGGGUUGGAAACGUAAAAAGAAAUGAUUUGACUGUACAGGUGGAAUCAUGCGGUGUUCAUUUGAAACGGAGCGAGGCAGACUGUUUUAACAAGUAUAUUUAUAAAACAACCCUUUUUCAGUCACUGAUUUGUAAGCUUUUCUUUUUUUUAUAAAUUAAAUUGUCAUUGCUCGUUUUAGAAGUCGUCACCAUCGGCCCUCACCUGGACUAUUGCAGAUUUUAGAUAAAGAGCCCUGUAUUUUCACAUGGAAUCCUGUAUUGACUCUACGUGUUCUGAAGGUACUGUUUUAUUGCUCAGAAGUGAAGCCGCUCCAUCUUCUCCUGUUGCACUUGUAGUUCAUGAUCAAUGAUUAAUCUGUCGGCAUCGGGGAGUUCUACCCGGCAUGGAAUAUCAUGGUUCAGAUGUAUAAUUCAGUUAAUCUAUUCAGUUUUAUGUGAAUUUUAUUUUUUUGUACCUUAUACGUUUAUGCUUAUUCAUCUUUUUGCAUUAUGUAACUAGGUAAUGUUCUCGGUUCAGUAUCCACCUUUUUAGUCUUCGGGGAACCUCUAGUUGUGAUACAUCUGUAAAGAUUUGAAAUAAAGUGUUUUAAGUACUUGGUAA